UGGAUGUUUUCAAUCAGAUUCUUCACUCAGAGGACACAGCUUUUGGAGAUCCAAACCCAGCUCUCUCUCACUAACUCACUAUCUCUCUCUCUCCAAUAUUUCAGUAUUAGGGUUUUCUUCCUUAUCUUUCUGUUGCCCUCAAAAUAUGCACUAAAUUACAACACAACCACUAUAGUAGUCGAAUUCCUCCACCUAGUUUCAGAGACGCAGAGCUCUGGGAUGGGAUUUGGUGGUAAAGUCUCCGACUUGGGGUAGAUCACAGAUCAAAUUGUGGAAAAUGCCCUGGCUUUUUGCUGAGUUUUGUGGGUUUUCUUCCUGCCGGCUGAUUUGUUGACCUUUUGGACUGAGAAUUUGAUCAGAGAGUGCUGAGAUUGAAACAUAGCAAAUUUUGUGUUUUGGGUUUUGAUUUGGUGGCACUGCAUGUGCAAGCAUUGAGGGUCCUCUGCUCAGUUGUGGAGGAUCCCCAUUACUAAGCAAGAACAAAGGAAAAAAACAGAGUGGGGUUUUUUUGAAGUGUGAUUUGAUAAAAGGGUUCUUAAAUUCUGGGAAAAGUAGUGUGCUGGGUUGGUGGGAUUGGGGUUUUUGUGGCAAAUAAUCAUCUGGGAAGGUGUCGAAUUUUGCAGUUUCUGGGAUUUUUUGUAUAAGUUAAUCUACUUUGGUGGGAAAUGUUUGGGUCUGGUUCGGGUGCUGCACAUCAAAGCAGUAGACUUUCAGUACCAGUUUUAAUUCCGACGCGGUUUGUCUGGCCUUAUGGCGGAAGGAGUGUGUUUGUCAGUGGUUCUUUCACAAGGUGGUUGGAACAGAUACCUAUGGCUCCAGUGGAGGGGUGUCCAACUGUUUUUCAAGUUGUUUGGAAUUUGACGCCCGGGUAUCAUCAGUACAAAUUUUUUGUUGAUGGCCAAUGGCGACAUGAUGAGCAUCAGCCUUUUGUUAAUGCGAAUGGUGGAGUAGUGAAUACCAUCUUUCUAGCUGGAGAAGAUGUGGUUCCUACAAGUUUCAGUCCUGAGACUUCUGGUGGAUCCAAUAUGGACUUAGAUAUGGUUCCUAGACAAGUAGAAGCAGUUCCUAGGUUCUCGCAAGCUGAUCUCGAUAUCUCUCGUCAUCGUAUAUCUAUGUUCUUGUCCAGACAUACUGCUUAUGAGUUGCUUCCCGAGUCAGGCAAGGUAAUUGCCUUGGAUAAUAGUUUACCUGUGAAGCAAGCAUUCCAUAUCCUACAUGAACAGGGAUUACCUAUGGCUCCUCUGUGGGAUUUUGAGAAGGGCCAAUUUGUUGGAGUUCUUAGCGCAAUGGACUUCAUCCUAAUCUUGAGAGAGCUUGGGAAUCAUGGAUCCAACUUGACUGAGGAAGAGCUUGAGACUCAUACUGUAGCAGCAUGGAAAGAGGGAAAAAUAAAUCUUAACAGACAACUUGAUGACAAUGGGAGAUACUGUGCACCGCGUCUUGUCUCUGCUGGCCCUUAUGAUUCUCUCAAAGAAGUUGCUAUGAAAAUUUUGCAAAACAAGGUGGCAACGGUUCCAAUUGUCCAUUCAACUUCGCAGGAUGGUUCAUUUCCACAACUAUUGCACCUUGCUUCCCUCUGCGGAAUACUAAAAUGCAUAUGCAGGCAUUUUAGACAUUCUUCUAGCUCCUUGCCCAUACUCCUACAUCCUAUAUCUGAGUUUCGUUUAGGCACAUGGGUUCCAAAUAUUGGACAGUCAAAUGGACGGCCAUUGGCAAUGUUGAGACCAAAUUCAUCUCUUGCUGAUGCCUUUUCUUUGUUGAUACAAGCUGACGUUAGUUCAAUACCUAUAGUGGAUGGUAAUGAUUCAUUGCUGGAUAUUUAUUCGCGAAGUGAUAUCACUGCUUUGGCCAGAGAUAAAGCUUAUACACAGAUUCGCCUUGAUGAAUUGAGCAUCCAUCAGGCAUUGCUACUGGGACAAAGUGAAAAUCCUCCUUACAGCUUCAAUGGGCAGAGAUGUCAGAUGUGUUUGCAGUCAGAUUCUUUGCAUAAAGUGAUGGAGCGCUUGGCUAAUCCGGGGGUUAGGAGACUUGUGAUUGUGGAGGCCGGCAGCAAGCGUGUAGAAGGGAUUAUUUCUUUGAGCGAUGUAUUCAGGUUCUUGCUAGGCUAGCUUAAAUAUGUCAAGCUGCUAUAUACCAUGACAUGGCUUUUGGGGUGGGAUUGGGGGUGAUUUUCUUUUCGGCGCGUUUUUUGUCUUUGCACUUGCUGAAUGGCUUCAUUUAAUCACUCAAAAGUCUUUCAUGGGUGCCUCGUGUUUCUGAGCCCUGCCUUACUUUAGAAUAGAAAUUUCAAAGAGAAAAAAAAAUCUGUAAAUUGUGAGGAUUCAAAUUUUCCCCUUUUCAUUUGUAUAAACCUUUAACUUAUCAACUCUGCUUUGUCUUCCAUCUCUUAUAUUGUGUAAAGCGUAUAUGGCCGUUCAAGUUUUUUGGGUUUUUGUGAAGUGGGCUAGUGGGAUGGACUAAUGGGCGUUGUAGGAUUGAAAUUGAGUGGCCUGGAUCUCUCGGUCCGCGGGCUUGCACACAGAGAUCCGGAGUGGAUCUUAGUCCCAUCUUUUAUAUUGUGUAAAGUGUAUAUGGCAUCCAUGAUUGUGGUGGGCUGCAUUUAAAAGUGGGUUUCAAUGUUUAGUUUUUGUGCACAUUUUUGCAAAGCACUUGCUGUACCUUGCAUCGCAAGAAACCAACUGCUAUAGGUAUUGUUACGUUUUAUUUGCUGAAA